ACUUUCACGUAACCCUGGCAACACAAGAGACAGAAAAGGUGGCUCGAACAAACUCUGCUGACAUUACACCAAUUUCCUCAGCAGAAUGUCGACAGAAAAUUUCUUCGAUAAACUUCUAGACGACGGUGCUGAUGUUCGAGACGAUCAAUUCGUAACUGAAUGCAUGCAACGUUUUGAUCGAGACGAGGAUGGCAUGUUGAAUUUGAAAGAACUUCGCUGCUUAACGGAUGAAUUGUUUGUGGAUGAAACUGGAACCUCAUAUGAAUUUCCGGUAAGGAUGUGCGCAGAGAUGCUGUAUGCAUUUGAUACAGACCACGAUGGUAAGCUAAAUAUGGAUGAAUUAAAAGAACUGUGGUUUAAAGUCAUCGUGCCAGUUGUAAAACCAGUAUCUGCUCUUGUUGUUAUAGAUGUGCAAAAUGACUUCAUUGAUGGAUCUUUGGCUAUCAGAAAUUGUCCAGCAGGACAAGAGGGAUUUGAAGUUGUUCCUGUCAUCAACGAUUUGUUAGAUGCAAUACCUUUCAAUUACGUCUUUUAUACUUAUGAUUGGCAUCCUGAUGACCAUGUUUCGUUUAUAGAUAAUGUGCAUUUAAGGAAUUUUCACGAAACUAGUCUUGUACCACAGGACGAAGCAAAGAUCUUUGACACGGUUGUCUUUGAAGGUCCACCUCCUAUUGAGCAGAAACUAUGGCCAAGACAUUGCGUUCAGAAUUCUUGGGGUUCUGAAUUGCAUUCGGAAUUGAAAAUAGCAGAUAAUGCUACUUUUAUCUACAAAGGCACUUGUUCAGAUAUUGACAGCUACUCAGCGUUUUGGGAUAAUCAAAAACUAUCGCAAACCAAUCUGUCUGAAGAGAUGAAAUCCAGAGGUGUGACAGAUAUCUUUGUAACCGGCUUGGCAACGGAAUAUUGUGUCGGUUACACUGCUUUGCAUGCUUUAGAGCACGGUUACCGAACCAUUCUCAUCGAGGACGCUUGUAGAGGUGUUGACUUAAAAGAUAUUGAAGCAACAAAAGAAAAGUUACAAGAAAGGCAUGGUGUGAUAGUUUCUUCUGAUAAAGUAAAAAAUAUGGUACUUGGUCGUGACAGAAGGCGUGAUCUUGGAUAUCGAACGGCAAUGUUAGCAGUUAAAGGCAAUAAUUAAUUCUGUAAGAUUUAUAUUAUGAAAUGAAAUUGAAUGCUAUUUAUAUUAUUUUAGAAAUUUUGAACGAAUAGUCUUGCCUGUAUGGAACUUAAGUCUUCAAAUUAUAUGCUAAGCUUAUCAGUGAAAUCAUAAAUGUAAGCAAAAGAUAUCAAAGUGAAAAAUAUUUCCUCAUUUUCUCAUUCACAAGCAUUGUGAUCUUUUAGUUUGAAAUAGGUAUUUUUUUUCUUAAAUUUUUUUCGAUAAACCAAAUAAUUUGAUUAUAAUUUAAAUAUUGACUGAUGUUCAAGAAAUACACGAAUGUAAUAUUUUAUCGAUAACAGUUAUUACGUGGUGAUAAUGAGAAAAUAACGCCUAACAUAUCCGCACUUUCUUAUCAAUCUUACCAUAGAAGGAUAUUUCUAGUGUCAGAUAUUUAUAUUUUUAUUGUUUCUCUAUUUUUUCUGAAAUUUAGUCUAUACUGUAUUUAACUUUAAAAACAAAGAAAUGAUUCUAAUGCAAGAGAAUUUAGUGCUUGUAUUUAUAUGAACAUAAGACUAGCUUGUGUUCACAGAAGGCAGCCGAGAUCAAAACUAUUGUAAUUAAACUCAUCUGCAGCAUUAGUGCGUAUAAGCGCUUCUUUCUUAGGCAUAAAAUUCUAGUCACUAAUUUCAUUUCAUUAUUGAUGCUUAUGUUUAUACACCUAAUCUGCUUAUAACAGUUCAAAAAUAAAUAUUAAAUAUGUUAAGUAAUUUUAGAACCUUCAUACUGUUAAUCUAAUUACCUUAAGGAAAGGAUGGAAUUUUUGUACAUAGUUUUGUAUAGUAUUAAAAGGUUAAGAUAGAAAAAGAAUAUUUCUAUUUUAAUAUUUUCUUGCUUGGUUUUACAAGUUUCUGUGUUUCAUAUGUUAUGCAUGCUAAUCACUUUUAAUAUAAGGAUAAAACAUUUAGAAAAAACUCAACGUUUUGUUUCAGAAAGCACUUAAUUAAAAUA